AUGUCUUCAUCAAAUUUCAAUACGAUAAGUAAAGUAUUAACAACCGGAACUAUUAUUGCUAUUGUAGCCGGUUCGAUUACCGGUCUUGCUCUUCUUAUUGCAACUAUUGUAAUUAUUAUAUGCAUUGUCAAACAUUUAAAUCGUUCAAGGAAUGUAGCAGCAGGAGGAAUGAUUCUUCAACCAUCACAACCAUAUUCAUAUCCUUCUUCAUGGUCAUAUCAAUAUCCACCGAAUAUGACUAGUGUAGCAAAUUAUCCACCUCCAUAUCAAUCGGCUGUUCCAUCCUAUACAACGGCAGCAUGGACUUAA